CUUCUCUUCGUUCUUCCGGUUUAUGUAUGUUAUUGAAAAGAAAAGACGAAUGCCUGGAGAAAACAAAACACUACGAAUACGGAUAGUGAAAGAUGAGUUCUCAGCCAUUUCCUACAGCUGGAAUGCCUGCUCAGAGUAAUCCUGGUGAAAAGCCGGUCUCCAUCAAUCAGUCAUCCAAACAGCCAGCAGGACCAGGUGAGGACAGUAGUGGUGAUGUGGACCACCAUGGUCCCGAGGACCAUCCAGCCAGCAGCAGGGGAGGAGAAGAAGCCCUGUCGUUCAGAGAAGACAAGCAGGAGCCCGGAGUGGUCAGACCCUACCCCCAGGUCCCGGUUCAGACCCACAGCCUGCAGUCCCCGGUCCCAGCUCUGUCCCAGCAGGUGCCCAACAAGGCAGGUACACCUGGUCAACCUGUCACCGUCUUCAACCCUCCUGUCCAACUACUGCAGGCCCAGACUGCUGCCCUCGUUGACGGACAGAUGAAGGCUGCCCUGAAAUCGCUGCUACCCAGUCGUCUCAUCGCCCCAGCUCCAGCCUCCAGCCAGGGCCAGGGGGGUCACAUCCCUCUCCCUCUGCCUCCCAAGGUGCAGCCUGCCCUGCUUGGCCACAUCACUGUCACCCUGGAGAGCCACAUCGCUCCCACCUCCUCCAUCCCCGUGGCAACCAUCAGUGGACAACAGGGCCACUCCAGUAAUCGGCAUCACCUCGUGCCAGCUAAUAUCCAGAUAAUUAGAUCUCCUUCUGUUCCUCAACACACAUUCACCUCUCACCUACCAAGAGGGGCGGUGGCUGCAGCAGUGAUGUCCAGCUGUAAAGGGCCUGCUGUUCUCAGACCAGCAUCAGGGGCCAAUGCAGGCCCCGUUCAGCACACGGCACAUCACGUCAACCACCAGUCUAACCAGUCUCGUUCCCCUGUCACCAGCUCUACAGCAGUGGUCCCCAUCUCAGCCACCCGGAACCAGUCCCCUGUCAUCAACCCAAUGUUCACCCAGUCUGCAGAGGUGCUGCAUGGGCAUCCAGGGCUGACCAUCCACCCUCCUCCUGCCACCAUCAGUAUCCAACGUCCCCAGGGGGCCAGGGACACAGCCACACGCAUCACCCUGCCCUCCCACCCUGCUAUAGGGGGGCAGAAACCCCAGCCCCCUACCCACACCAUGACACAGAAAUCCAUCUUCUGUUCCGGGACUCCGGUUGCUGCAGCAACGGUGGCACCUAUUCUAACCACCACCACCACUACUGGCCCAGGCACCACCACUACAGGCACUGCGCCACACACCCAGAUGACCAGCAGUACUAUCGUCACCAUGACGAUGCCCACACACUCCUCCCACGCCACAGCACUGACCACCUCUACCAUCCCAGUUGCUAAAGUGGUACCUCAGCCCAUAGCCCACACCUCCCCCCGUGUCCAGUCAGACUACCUUGGAGAGAGGACCAACCUGAUCCAGCCUAUAGCCCACACCUCCCCCCAUGUCCAAUCAGACUACCAGCCCAUAGCCCACACCUCCCCCCGUGUCCAAUCAGACUAUCCUGUUGAGAGGACCAACUUGAUCUCCAUCUCUGGCAACCGCUCCUCUCCUAACCCUGUCACCAUCGAGGCUAGGAGUGACAGGCCGCCUGUACCAGUGCACUUCCAGUACUUCCUGCCUACCUUUUCCUCUUCUCCUUACCCCCGGACACACACCUACACCCCCAUCACCAGCUCCAUGUCCACCAUCAGACAGUACCCAGUGACGCCCCAGACCCCGAGCUCUGCUCUGCCCAGCCAGCCUGCUGUGGCCGUGGCCACUGCCGUUCGCCUCAACCCCAUGCAGCUGAUGGCCGUGGACAGGAUUGGUCGACAGUCUGCACAAAUCAGCACCCAGGGAAUCCAGCCUCAACCAAUUGGAGCCCAGGGCAUCCAGCCUGCACCAAUGGGAGUGCAGGGGUUACAUAGCUCCGGUCCAGUCGGGACACAGGGGAUUCAGCAGGCACCAAUCGCAGGGCAGCAGCCUGAGGCCAAACCAUCUGGGAUGGUAUUGGCUGACGGCAGUACAUUUGUAGCUGCUCCUAUGGGCAGCCCGUUUGGCGCCGCACAGCCCGUUGCUACCAUGGUACAGACACACCCCCAGGGCGGAGUAGGAGGCGGAGGGCCCACUUUGGUCUCUUCCCCUCGACCCAGCAUCCUCCGCAAGAAGCCAGCCAAUGAGGGGUGAGUCAAUCAGUGUGGUGUUGGUAAGAAUCUGAUCCCGGCAGGGCCUGGUGAGGCUACCAGCAGCAGAGUGGAGGGAGGAGUGAGAGGAGCAGGACCACCUAGACCUGCAGGAGUGAAGCCUAAAGCAGAGGGUCACAUGACCAUGGUGGCUCCUCCAGUCCCAGUCAUGGCUGCAGUGGAGUCUCUACCCUCCCAGGGAGGAGUGGAGCAGCAGGUGGUCUCCUCCCCAGCCCAGGCUAUCCCCUCCAACCUGCUGGCCCUCCGUGCCCAGGCUAUCCCCUCCAACCUGCUGGCCCCCCGUGGUCCUCCACCCCUCUCCCAGCCCAGCUCCAAUACCCACCUCUCUGCCCUGUCGGCCGCCAUGGCCGUGACACCCCCUGGCCCCGCCUCCAUGGCCAAUACUGUCGCCUCCCCCACCCAGCCCGCAGCCAGCAGCACGGCAGCAUGCAGCGGAGGUUCCGCCCACACAGGGGUCAAAAUCAAGCAGGAGGCGGAGUCUAUGGAGAUGUAUCAACCAGUGCCCCAGCCCUCGGCGAACUCAGGCCUCAUCACCCAGCCCCGCCAGGCCGGGUCCCCCCACGGGACCCCCUCCUCAGGGGACCUGGUUCCUGGUGCCUCCCCCAGGAAGAAGCCCCGCAAACAGCAGCACGUCAUUUCCACAGAAGAGACUGAAAUGUUGGAGACCAACAGUACAGAUGAGGACAGGGCUAUGGGCCACAGGCCCCUGGGCAGCAGGGCUAAGAGGAGAGAGUCCCCUCCCAGAGAGUAUGUGGAUGAGGAAGGGGUGCGUUACGUCCCUGUCAGGCCGCGCCCACCUGUCACUCUGCUGCGUCACUAUAGGAACCCCUGGAAGGCAGCCUAUCACCACUUCCAGAGGUACAGCGACAUCCGGAUCAAAGAGGAGAAGGAGUCGUUACAGGAAGUGGCCAAUCAGAGAGGAGUAGCACGGCGAGCUCAGGGAUGGAAGAUGCACUUGUGUGUCGCUCAGCUCAUGCAGCUGUCGAACCUGGAGCAUGAUGUGUAUAGCAGACUGACUUCCCUUCAGGAGGGGCUAAUCCCUAAGAAGAGGGCCGGGGUCGACGACGAGCUGCACCGCAUUAACGAACUCAUACAGGGUAACAUACAGCGUUGUAAGCUAGUGAUGGACCAGGUUACAGAGGCCCGGGACACUAUGAUGAAGGUUCUGGACCACAAAGACAAGGUCCUGAAGCUGCUCAACCAGAACGGAGCUGUCAAAAAGUCUAACAAACUGAAACGUAAGGAUCGGGCCUAGCCUGGACUUCCUGUUCCGUCACCAACGUCGUGGAUCUGUUCGUUACAGCAUGCCAUGUGUUUUAAAACCUUUUUGCAACGGAAGAAGAAAAUGUAAACGUUUCUCAGUGGAUAAGUCAAGGGGGUAGUCCCUCCCUGUUUUGUGUGUUUUUCGUUGUUGUUGCUGCUUACGUGCCUAAUGAACACGACCCACCUCUGCCCUGCCCGAACGGGAGGACAGGGUGGAAGAGCUGCUGGGAGCGAGAGGUGGAACUGUUGGUACUAUGACAGCUACUCACCCCACACCCUCUUAUCUCUGUCUGAGCACUGAAGCUGGGUGGACAACAUAACUAGAACUCUCCUGUUGCUUCAGUCAGAGCUCACUGUCUGGAGGGAAUCCCUCUAGGAAUAUGUUCUCACUGAAGAAGACUCAACACUCUGUCUUCCAAAUGGCACCCUAUUCCCUAUAUAGUGCACUACUAUUGACUAGAGCACUAUGGAACCCUAUAUAGUGCACUACUAUUGACUAGAGCCCUAUGGAACCCUAUAUAGUGCACUACUAUUGACUAGAGCCCUAUGGAACCCUAUAUAGUGCACUACUAUUGACUAGAGCCCUAUGGAACCCUAUAUAGUGCACUACUAUUGACCAGAGCACUAUGGAAUCCUAUUCCCUACGUAGUGCACUACUUUAGACCAGAGCACUAUGGAACCCUAUACCCUACGUAGUGCACUACUUUAGACCAGAGCCCUAUGGAACCCUAUUCCCUAUAUAGUGCACUACUUUUGACUAGAGCCCUAUGGAACCCUAUACCCUACGUAGUGCACUACUUUUGACUAGAGCCCUAUGGAACCCUAUACCCUACGUAGUGCACUACUUUUGACUAGAGCCCUAUGUGUCCUGAACAAAAGUAGUGCACUACGUAGGGAAUAGGAUGCCAUUUGGAAGACAACACUGCCUGAAGGGACCCUUCUUUUUUUGUUUUGACUUUUUUUACAGAGCUCAGGUCUAUCGGUUUUCCUAUUUUACAGUUGAUUUUGGUAUCAUUCAGUUCAAGUUACUUCUUGUCAAAAAAUAAAAAAGCAGAGGUUGAACGGAACCUUAAGCACUUACAAACUUCAAACGUGUUGUACGAAUUGGUAACAUCAUCAUAUGAAAUGGGGGGGGGAAACUAGUCUGUAACACAUCGUAUGUAGUGGAUGGCUUUGUUCAACAAUGUCUCGCUUUGGGGCGUUACUUUCACAACUACUGGCAGAAAUCAAAUCUUUAUGACUCAUCUUUAAAAUAUGCUAUAUUUAUUUACAACUUCCUGUUCUGUUUCCAUUUUCAGCAUUUAUAUUGUCUUACCUGUGUGAUAAACAAUGCCCAUUUUUGUUUCAAUAUUUUUUAUAUUUCUUAUAUUGGAAGAUGGGGCACCAUCAACAGACUUAAUUGUACUGUAUGUGCAGAACUUUAACGAUGAUGAAAAUAUUGGCGGAGUGUUUAUUAUUUUCAGAUAUUUAUUUGAUAAUGAAUGAGUUUUACAUGCAGAGAUGUUUUGAAAUGGCUGACGAGCAUAGUGGGUAAUGUUUUGAAAUGGCUGACGAGCAUAGUGGGUAAUGUUUUGAAAUGGCUGACUAGCAUAGUGGGUAAUGUUUUGAAAUGGCUGACGAGCAUUGUGGGUAAUGUUUUGAAAUGGCUGACGAGCAUAGUGGGUAAUGUUUUGAAAUGGCUGACUAACAUAGUGGGUAAUGUUUUGAAAUGGCUGAC